GGGGGGCGGGGCCCCGUGACGUGCGGCUAUGGCGGGAGGGAGGGAAGGAGCGAGUCCGCCGCGAUCCCGGCAGCCAUAGCGACGACGCUACCUGCAGUGACGGGAGCAGGCGGGGGGGGCGGACAAAGGGGGCGCCGCGCGAGCCCGCACCCAGCGGCCCCGAGCGAAUUGCCAAAAUGCUUUGGAAUUCUUAAACGAUUCAAAAACUGAAGUCUCUGAGGAUACAAAAUCAUAAGAACACAAGAAGCAGCAAGGAGGAUUCAGUGCCAAUGCAGCAACAAAAAAGACAGCCAGAGUUAGUGGAAGGAAAUCUUCCUGUUUUUGUUUUUCCUACAGAACUUAUAUUUUAUGCAGAUGACCAGUCAACACACAAGCAGGUGUUGACUCUAUAUAACCCCUAUGAGUUUGCCUUAAAAUUCAAAGUUCUUUGUACAACUCCAAAUAAAUAUGCGGUGGUUGAUCCUACUGGUGCAGUGAAGCCUCAGUGCUGUGUUGAUAUCGUGAUUCGUCACAGAGAUGUUCGCGCAUCUUACUUUGGUGUGAUAGAUAAAUUCCGUCUACAAGUGUCUGAGCAGAGCCAGAGGAAAGCACUAGGGAAAAAGGAGAUUAUUGCCACUCUACUUCCAUCUGCAAAGGAACAACAACAACAAAAGGAAGAGGAGGAGAAACGAAUAAAAGAACACCUGGCGGAAAGUGUCUUUUUUGAGCAGACUUUGUGUCAACCAGAAAACAGAACUGCCUCGUCGGGACCUAGUUUACUAACAGUCUUCCUAGGAAUAGUGUGUAUUGCAGCACUAAUGCUACCUACAUUGGGGGAAAUGGAUUCCCUGGUGCCUCUCUACCUCCAUUUAAGUGUGAAUCAGAAGUUAGUAGCUGCUUAUGUUUUAGGUCUCAUCACCAUGGUUAUUUUGAGAACAUGAGCAGUGAGUUAAUAAGAUGUCAAACACCUUACUGUAUAUUCACAUCAUGAAUGUGGACUGCCUUCUACUCCCAUUUGGCUCAUCAAGAUGCUAGCGAAACUGUUCAGUGAUUUAAGAUACCUUCAGAAGUGUAAUAUAUUUUAACUAUGUAUAAUAAAUGAAAGACUCAAAGCACUUUUGGGUGCUUCUGUAACAGACAGCUAUGAAAUGUUCAGUGAUACCUGUGAAAAUAAUUUGAAAAACUUUUAUAUCUACGCCUACUGUAAAAAUUCCUUAUUAAAGCAACAUUUGUUAUCUUUAGUCUAUGUUCACAACAGCGUGUGAUCACUAUAAAAGCAAACUGUCUUAUGUAAAACGUUCAUUCGGUUUGUGGUUGUACAUGCUGAGGCUGGUGCAUGACACCUCUAUACAUACCAGAAGGAUGAGAGGCAUUAUUAAUCAUUGAAGAAAAUGAAAAAUCCCAUCAGUGAAACUACAAAAUAAACCCUGCAUUUUAGGUGAAGAUGUAAUUCUCAAAUUCCUCAUUACCAAUGUAUCCCUGAGUGCUCAUUUUCUUACCUGGGGAAAGAAUUUCCCCACCAGCCGUUUUGUAUCGCAACUGUCGACAAUAAAAGCAAGUUCUCAAAUCAAAUCCUUUCACUUCUGAGGGCUGCACGUGAUAACGUGAACGUCAUUAACGGCAGCUGAACGCACACUGCACGCCAAUACAAAAUUCCGUGCUUUUUCUAUUUUAGAAACCAAACUAAGUAUAGCAACAAAGGUGUUUGUCUACACCACCCCACCCCCCCACAGCUGAGAGGGGAUUUCUUUUGUAUCAGAAACUGCUGCUCCAAUUCCAGUUUUAUAUUCUGGGUAAUUUACCCUGUCUCAUGUAAUGAGUAUCUCCCUUCAUUUGGCAUUUAAUUGUUGAGGUGUUAAGUUUAAAAAUAUUUCUUCUGAAGGGCCACUGUUCCUGCAUUUGACUCAUACACACAAACCUUUGUUUAUAAGAAGUCUGUGUGGUAUAUGUAUUAAAAAAUUAAUAAUUUUGGAAAUUAAAUGUACUCUUCCCCCUGCAUGUUAUGGGUCACUCUUGUGCUUAUGCAUGGAAGUACACAGAAACCAUGCAGAUAACAGGGUUCCUUAAAAAACCAAAAGAGAAAUGUUGAAGUUGUUAAUCACUGUACAUUUUUUCUUAUCUAUAAUACAAUAAGUCUUUAAAGGGAAAUAAAAUGUUACUUUAGCUUGAUUCUCA